AGCUGUCACCUGGUUUGUUGUGAUUCGGAAUUUUACAUAAUCCGGCGUUCGGGAAAUCGGGAAAUCGCGGCCUCCUGCAAUGUCGACCACGAUCGAGAGUUUCUUUCAAAAGGCGACGACGGCCACGAUGAAGGAGUGGCCACGGGAUGCGGUGCUUUACCAGCCGUACGAAGAGGAGCAGAUACUGUUGGCGGAGAAUGCCAGCUGCCUGGCCGUGCGUACCUAUCUGAAGAUGCGUAAUCUGCCGACGGCACUGGAGCAGCGCGCGAACGCCGAAUUCAUCUCCCCCGGGGGGAAACGCACGAAACUUCCGGUGCUGCGGGUUGAGAAUUUUAUCUACGCCGAGUUCGAUCACAUCGUGACCUUCGUGGAUCAAAACUUUGGCAAAACACUGAGCGAAUUCCUGUCCCCCGAGGACAAGGACGUGAUGCGCUCGUCGAUCUGCCUGGUGGAGCAUCUGCUAACGAACGCAGAGCACUACGUGAGCUGGUCACUGCCGGAGGUACGCGAAACGGUGACGAAGCAACGCAACGGUUGCGUAUAUCCGUUCCCGCUGAAUCACGUGCAAAACUGGCGCAAGGAGGCGGCCGUCAAGCGACAACUACGUCUGACCGAGUAUCAUAAUGCCGAUCUAGCGAAGGUCAUGGAAGUGGUGCAUCAUCUGUGUCAGGAUCUGAGCUUCCGUUUGGGUGACAAGCGGUACUUCUUCGGGGAUCAACCAACCGAAUUGGAUGCGCUCGUGUUCGGUCAUCUGUACAGCAUCAUCACCAUGCCGCUGCCGAACAACGAACUAGCGAAGACGGUAUCGCAAGAGGAGAAUCUGGUACAAUUCUGUAAAAACAUCGACCUGACGUAUUUCCAGUUAAAAUGAGCUGUAACCCUGAACCCGGGCGACCUUUUCCGCUCCGGAAGGAGUAUUUUCUUUGUUAAUUAUAGCAUUUCUCAAACGUUGAAACAUGAAACUGAAACUAAAAUGGCCUAAUUCAUACAAAU